AUGGACAAGUUCGUGCGCGUCGACAAGAAGAAGGAUGACACCCCGAUCCUGGACAACGAGGUUCGCGUCACCACGGUGGGCCGGCUGCACUCCUACAUAAACUACGCGGCGUCCCUCCUGAAGGAGAAGGGCCACAAGUCUGUGGUUUUGAAGGGGAUGGGGCGGGCCAUCAACAAGACGGUUUCCCUCGCUGAGAUCAUGAAGAGGAGGGUUGGGGGCCUGCAUCAGAACACAGAGAUCGCCUCCGUGGACAUCACGGACACAUGGGAGCCCAAGGAGGAGGGCCUCAGCACAUUGGAGCUCACACGGCAUGUGUCCGUGAUCACAAUCACCCUCUCGGUUGUCCCACCCGACUCCGAGGGCCCCGGCUAUCAACCCCCAGUGGAUGAAACCGAAGUGAAGCCCCUGCAGCUAGGAGAGCCUGAGAGGCGCACAGGAGGCCCAAAGAGGGGCCGUGGGGGAGGCAGGGGGCGCGGCCGCGGGCGCGGUGAAUAUGGGGAUGCCAAUGGUGCCAGGCGUGGUGCAUACCGCGGGGGGCGUGGCAGAGGCAGAGGGCGUGGCCGUGGCCGAGGCAGGAGCACCACCUACUGUGUGGCUGGUGGGGAUGCCGCAGAUGGCACUGCUGUGGCUGAAGGAGGGCCCCCUGGGGACCAGGCCUGA